UAUGCUAAUGUUGCCGAAUGACUGGGGAGCCGAGGAGCUGCUGUGCAACUGAUGCACGUCACUGGAAUAAAAACUAGAGUUAUUUUUUCAUAUGGACAAAAAUAAAGAAUUAAAUGACGCAGGUCACGCAGAGCAAACGCGCACUGAGCUUUGGACUACGCUCUCUGUCGAUAACAGCAGCUCACCUAGAGGUCAUUGUGGACCAUAAAUCAAGAGCAUGGCUCACAGCGUGGCAGACCUCCCCAGCGGCCCCCUGGACCUCUACAGGAAAAAGGCCUCGUUCAACUGGAAGGACAUGCUGUGCUUCAUAGAAGGAGAGGAAAAUGUGGCAUUUAAGCAACAUGUGUUCAAGACCCUGGAAAAUGAUCCUGUGUUUGCUCGUCGGCCUGGUGAAGACAUCUCUCUUGAGAAAAUGAGAGAGCUCGCCUUUCUCAGGGUGAAGCAGCUCUUUCGCUACGACUUCUUGACAAAAGAUGAGGCCAUGGCCAACCCUGUGAAGACUCUGUUACUUAAUGACUGCCUGGGCAUGUAUGACUGGGCAACUUCUGCCAAGUUCUUUCUCCACAAAGGAAUGUUUGGGGCAACUGUUGCUAACUCAGGAUCACGAAGACAUGAUAAAUACGUCGAUGGUGCUGCGGAUAUGACGUUGUUUGGAUGCUUUGCACUGACUGAACUGAGCCACGGCAGCAACACCAGAGGUCUGAGGACCACAGCCACGUACGACCCGUCCACCCAGGAGUUUGUGAUCAACUCUCCGGACUUUGAGGCUGCAAAGUUCUGGGUUGGGAACCUGGGUAAAACUGCCACGCACGCUGUCGUGUUCGCCCAACUGUACACCCCGGACAAGGCCUGUCACGGCCUGCACUCCUUCGUUGUCCCGAUUAGGGAUCCAAAGACUCUGCUGGCCUUGCCUGGUGUCCUGGUUGGAGAUAUGGGCAAGAAACUGGGCCAAAAUGCUCUGGACAACGGGUUUGCUCUGUUCCACAAUGUGAGGAUACCACGGGAGAAUCUACUGAAUAGGACGGGAGAUGUUGCACCUAAUGGCAGCUACAUUACUCCGUUCAAAGACCCCAACAAGCGCUUUGGGGCGUCUCUGGGUGCUCUGUCAGGAGGCAGGGUGUCCAUCACCAGGAUGGCUCUCGUAAACCUGAAGCUGGCUCUGGUCAUAGCCAUCCGCUUUUCAGCCACCAGGAGACAGUUUGGGCCUAAGGACACCGAGGAGCUUCCUGUUCUGGAGUAUCAGUUACAGCAAUGGCGUCUGAUCCCGUACCUGGCGGCAGCAUAUGCCCUUGAGCAGUUUACCAAAAGCACCUUCAUGAACUUUGUUGAGUUCCAGAUUGGCCAGGUGAUGAGAGAUAAGAGUGACAGACAGGCAGAGCUGGGCAAAGAGAUCCACGCCAUAGGCUGCUCUAGUAAACCAAUGGGCUCGUGGACGGCUCAGCGGGGGAUCCAGGAGUGCAGGGAGGCCUGUGGAGGACAUGGAUACCUGGCCAUGAAUCGUCUGGGUGAUCUACGUAAUGACAAUGACCCCAACUGCACAUAUGAAGGAGACAACAACGUUUUGCUGCAGCAGACCAGCAACUACCUGCUCAGCCUUCUUGCUGCCAAGCUCCAUGGUGGUGAACGCAUUGAGUCUCCACUUCACACUGUGGAUUUUAUGGAUGAUUUCAAAAGCAUACUGCAAAGCAAGUUUUCAGCAACAACGAUGGAGCAGUGUAUGAACUCGUCAGUGCCUCUGGCAGCCUACAAGUGGCUGGUGUGUUUCCUGCUGGAGGAGAGUCAGAAGAGGCUGGACCAGCAGAGGGCCUCAGGGAAAGAUGAGUUUGAGGCACGUAACAACAGCCAGGUUUACUACUGCCGUUCCCUGGCCAUCGCAUACAUUGAACACAUGUGCCUCCAGAGGUUUCAUGACCUCACCAUGGACCAGGACACGCCAGCUGGUGUCAGACCAGUGCUAAGCAAACUGUGUGCUCUACAUGGGCUGUGGAGCCUCAGCGGUCACAUGGCCACACUCUACCAGGGUAAUUACAUGAGUGGAAGGAAGCCGGCGGAGCUGGUGCAGAUGGCCAUUCUCACUCUCUGCUCCCAGUUGAAAGAUGAUGCAGUAGCCUUGGUGGAUGUUUUUGCACCCACUGAUUUCAUCCUUAACUCACCUAUUGGCAAAGCAGACGGACAGCUUUACAAAAACCUGUGGUCGACAGUGAUGCAGGGAGAUGAUGUGCUGCAGCGUCCAUCAUGGUGGAAGGAGUUCUGUGCAGACAAGCCUGUAGUUGGGUCCUUGUCUUCAAAGCUGUAGAAGUCAGACACAGACACGCUGGAUAUAUGAAGAACAGGGAUCAAGUGAUUAAAAGGAAGUGCCGUGAUUGACUGAAUCUUGACCAGUUAAGAUAAUACUGUAGUAAAGGCUAGUAAUCAGGAUAGAAAGCCCUGCUCUCCACGCAGACAGUCUGAGGCCUGUUACUAAUGAAGGGAAGCUGGUUUCAGAACAGACAACACUAACAUCAGGGGCUGAGAGAUGGAUUAUAAUGAUUGACCAGAUAAAAAUUGGUUUAUUGUUUAUUGAAUGAGACAGCACAAACACGUUGGAUUUAGCAAUAAAUCACCCCAUUGUAACUCA